AUGGACUGUGAUUCUGGACAUAUGUCAGUCUCCUGGGAAUUUUGUGAAGGUGCAUCAUCAUACAUUGCCACUGCAGAAGGAGGUGACGUGCAGCGAUGCAGCGCCAACGAUACGCUGUGUGACAUCACUGACCUGUCCUGUGGAGAGACCUACACUGUCACAGUCCUUGCGCACGAUGACACCUGUGACUCUGCUGAAAGUCCUUCGGUCACAAUGAGAACAGUUUCGUGCAUCCCACAGAACCUCGAUGUCCAUGUAGACUGUGACACAAACGAUGCUUCAGUAUUGUGGAGCCACACUAAAGGUGCAGUCUCUUACUUGGCAACUGCAGAAGGAAGUGAUGGGCACCCAGUUUCCUGCGAAACGGCCAGUACCGAAUGUCAGAUAACCAACCUACACUGUGGACAGGUGUAUAAUUUAACUGUGACAGCCCUGGAUGGUGUGUGUGACACCUCACAAAGCUCUCUGUUUGCAUUCAGCACUGCCCCUUGUGCACCCGAACACACUUCCACCAGUCUGGACUGUGACACCAGGAGUACGUCAGUGACCUGGGCGAAGGCUGAGGGUGCCAUGUGGUACAUUACAACAGCAGAAGGACAAGAUGGACACGUUUCACUGUGUAACACAACAGAGACGAGCUGUGACUUUGUGGACCUGCACUGCAGUCAGACAUAUUCAAUAACUAUAACGGCAGUGGACAGUGACUGUCAGAGUGUAAAUACAUCCAUUUUUGAAACUGAAACAGCCCCUUGUCCCCCUCAGAACAUACAAGCUGAUUGUGCUGGUGUCACUGCCUUUGUAUCAUGGGAGCCGAGUAACCUCACAUUGUGGUACACCGCUACGGCAGAGGGGAGUGAUGGACACACAGCCACCUGUACCACAUCCAAAACAAACUGUCUCAUCCCAGAUCUUCACUGCAGCCAAAUAUAUAACGUCUCUGUACUCGCAUUUGGUGAAACCUGCAGCAGCCUGCAAAGCUCCCACCAUGAAAUUCAGACAGCACCUUGUGCUCCAGAUGAAAUUGUCGCCAAUGUGGACUGUAACUUCAACAGAGUGGUAGUUUCAUGGGGCCGGACUAAUGGAGCAAAAGAGUUCGAUGUGACCGCUGAGGGAAGUGAUGGUCAUAUACGCUCACACAACACAACAGAGACACGCCAGGAAAUGCUGGAUUUACACUGUGGACAGUCCUAUAACAUAACCGUAACGACACUGAGUUACAGCCGGCAUGGCAUUUCGAGUACUUCCAUCCAAAUACAAACUGCACCUUGCAUUCCAGAGAACCUAGCAGCUGAGCUAACCUGCAGUUCAAAUACAGUGUCCAUCACGUGGAAUGACACUGAAGGAGCCAAGUUAUAUACUGUCGCCGCUCGAGACAGACAAAAAGUAAUCGCCUUAUUCAACACAAGUAGUACAAGGGCUCAGCUCCCACAUUUGCAGUGUGGUGAAUAUUUCACGAUCUCUGUUCUAGCAACAGAUGACAUCUGCAGCAGUCCUCAGAGUGCAGUGGUGAAUGUACUUACAGGACCUUGCACUCCUCAGAACACGGUUGCUGACAUUGACUGCACUAUCCAUAGUGCACUGGCGUCAUGGGAACAGAAGGGUGGGAGUGAUUUCUCUAUUGCAACUGCAAAAGCAAGUGAUGGACAUACACAAUCAUGCAGGGCGCAAGAGGGAGCCUGCGAAAUUUUUGACCUGCACUGUGGGAAGUUGUACAACAUAACAAUAGUGGCUGUUAAUCAAAUGUGCAACAGCUCACAAAGUGCAGUGGUGACUGUUCAGACAGCACCAUGUAUCCCCGAGGGUAUUACUGCUCAGGUGGACUGCGAUACCAAUGAUGCCUUAGUGUCAUGGGAGCAGUCCGACGGGAGCGACUCUUACUUUGCUACUGCAGAAGCGAGUGAUGGACUUGAGCACCAAUGCAAUGCAGUGGGAACAACCUGCAAUAUGAUUGACUUGCACUGUGGAGGGUCAUACAACGUAACAGUAACAGCUGCUAAUGAGAUGUGCAACAGUUCCAAAAGUGUACAAGUGUCUAUUCAAACAGGACCAUGCAUCUCAAGGAAUGUCUCUGCCGUUGUGGAUUGUGAUACUAAUAUUGCAAGAGUUUCAUGGGAGCCAAGCAGUGGGAGUGACUUCUACAUUGCCACUGCAUUGGGAAUCAACGAAGAAAUACACUUGUGCUCUGCGGAGGAUGUAACCUGUGAAAUCAGUGACCUGCAGUGUGGACAGUCAUACAAUGUAACAGUAGUAGCUGUUAAUGGAGUAUGCAACAGUUCAGACAGUGCAGUAAGCAAUUUUCAAGGAGUGCCAUGUAAUCCACCAUACCUUGAAGCUAAUGUGGACUGUGCAAACAACUCCAUGUUGCUUUCAUGGGGCGACAGCAAUACAGCAAUAUCAUAUAGGGCAGAUGUCAGUGCUAACAAUGAAGACCUGCUUUACUGUAACACAACAAACACAAGCUGUUACAUUCAGCAGCUGAGCUGUGGUACCAAGUACAACGUGUCUAUUUAUGCUUCUGAUGGAGUUUGUAGGAAUAUAAUUGAAACUACAUAUGAAGUCGGCACAGUUCCAUGUGUACCAGAAGACAUCGAAGCCAUAUUGGGUCCUGCCAGUAAUGGAGUACAAGAAAUUGAGGUCAACUGGAUGGACAGUCACUGUGCUGAAGACUAUGAAGUAGAUAUUAAUGGACAAAUUGAACAGGAUCCGUUCUCCCUGUUUAUACUGCGCUCAUAUUGGACAACCAGAACAUUCUUCCAGUUCCCGAUUCCUUGCAGUUCCACAUAUAACAUUUCUGUUACAGCUCGGAAUUCAGCAGGAGUUAGCAGCCCAAGCACUCCUUUAACUGGUAUCAGUGUUCCUUGCUCUCCAACCAAUCUAAAUUCUUCUUGGGAAAAUGGUACACUAUUUCUAUCGUGGAAGGAGUCGAUUAAUGCCGCAGAGUAUGUUGUGUAUGAAGUUUCCAAUUUAGAAAGAAAUGAGAUUUGCAGAACAUCAACUCUCUCGUGUAAAGUUUCAAAUGUUCAGAAUGAUACAGUUGAAAUUGUUGCUUUAAAUUCUGCUGGCGAAAGUGAAAUCACUCCAGUAAUUUUUUUCUAAGGCUAUUAUUCCUCUUCAAAAGAACAGAUGACCAUAUAUUGCAUGAAGGAAUAAAAAGGAUGCACAGUAUGGUUACAACUGUAGUUUAAA